UGUAUCUCAAGUUUUCCCUGAUGAACCUCAUAAGCGCUUUUGGGCAGAGGUUGCCACAUGUUGCUCCAUCUGUGGUAGAAAGCGUUCUACCCAACGAAAAUAUGGGAAAAGGUUAGAGCCGGUCUAAGAGACAAGAAUUAACAUUAAAGUCAAUGGGGAAAUCAUUAGUGAUCUGUAGCCAUUUAAUGUACCUCAACUUUACAUUGGAUGAAACGCUUGCAGGGUCAUUGGGGUCAAGGAUGUCCAACCGGAAGUAAUACGGUAGAUAGAGAUUAGCACAUUAAGAUAAUUCACUUGUUACGAAAGAUAACCAGUAACCACGGAAACGUGAAUAACCAAUCAUGAUGAGAGUACAGUGUUGUAUUUGUUCGUAUUUAUUGGAGAAUAAAGAUAGCGUUAAUAUAGCAGCGACACCUUGUGGUCAUACAUUUCACGAGGCUUGUUUGAUGCCCUGGAUAGAGAGAUCAGGAACAUGUCCAAGCUGUCGGAAAGUAUGUACCAGACCAGAUGUCAUUCCUAAAUUAUAUUUUGAUGAUGGUGAAAUGGAUGCAACCGGAGAAGACAACCAAACAAAUCAACUUCUUAAAGAAAUAUCUACUUUAAAAAUGAAACUACAGCAGACAAAAAUUGUAUUAAACAACCAGAUAUCGGUUGUGAAUAAAAAACUUGCUAACCAGACCAGCAUGUUGAAGAAGAAGGUUCAGAAUAGAGAAAGCCUUUUAGUGAAUAAAAUUCAAGAACUGAGAACAAAAAUAUCAGACAUUGAGGAAGAGAAAAUUAAACUGAAUUAUUGUAAAACAGGUCUGAUCAUGGAGAAAGAUGAUUUAGAAAAAUUUUUAGCCGAGGAAAAAAGUAAAAAUUUGAUAUUGAAAAAACAAGUAUCAACAGUCGCAGAAUGUUCUAAAAAGAUGAUCUGUGAUUUGAAGGCUAAAAUGCUACCGCAAAAGAAAGCUUUUAAUGUCCAGAAAAAUAAAUAUAAUCAAGUAUUGAAAGACAAAAACAUCCUUUUAGAAACAACAAAUUCUCUCCAAAAUAGGUUGAAAGACAUACGGUAUGAAAGAGACAGUUUAGAUCAACAACUAAAAUACGAGAAAAAUAUGACAGCGGAAUUAAAAAAACAGAUAUUCAAGUUGAAGGAGGAGCCGAAUAAUCUGAGCAGUAAAGUUGUGGCGUAUAAAGUACAGUUUAGGAAACGAGAAGUGGCUUUGAUUCACAAGAUUCGAACAGCAGAUUCUGAGAUAGCUAAACUUCGCAGGCGUUUGGAGAUCAAGAAUGAAGAAGUUGAUGAAUUAAAGAUACAAUUAUUAAAUUCAGAGGAGAAACUAAAGAUGAAGUCCGAUCAGACAGUGAAACUAAUGAGAAUAGUGAAACAAGGACAAGAAAUAUUUGGUCAUCUACAAACAGAAAAUACAGAGACAUCAGAUAAUAGUCGAUCUUUCAAAAGAAAGAGAAGGGAGAUAUGAAAUAAAACAUAGCUGAGAUAUGAUAAAUAUAUGUAAAUUAUAUGCUCUAGACAUACCUUGGUCCAUUAGAACACUGAUCUAGUCAAACACUGGUCCAUUAGAACACUGCUCUAGUCAAAGCCAGUGACAUUAGAACACUGCUCUAGAUAAACCUGGAUGGUUAGAACACUGCUCUAGACAUACCCUGGACCUUUAGAACGCUGCUCUAGACAUACCCUGGUCCAUUAGAAUACUGAUCUAGUCAAACCCUGGUAUGGUUAGAAACCAAACUACGUGUAGGAUAAAGUCCUCGACUUCGGUUAUGCUGGGGAAGAAAGACUUCAGAAUUAACCCUCGACCGAAAAACCUCGGCCUGCCGGCCUCGGUUUUUCUUUCUCUCGGGUUAUUUUCUUCAGUCUUUCUUCCCCAGUAUAACCGAAGUCGAGGACUUUAUCAUGCUUAUAAAUAUCCCAGAAUUCCCACAAGAAAAACCUUAUAUCAUGUUUUCUUAUGGGAAAAAAAACCUACCCUGGAAGAAUAACCCGUAUACAGGUUUAAUGAAAAACUUUCAGAAGAAUAACCCCAAAUUUCCCUGUAUAUAUCCAAAACCUCCCCCGAUUUUUAGACCGCAUGUUAUUCCGGGCAUAGAAUAUACCCCAAAGAUCAAAGAGAUUUACCGUUACAGGUUUAUAAUAGACUAUAAUCUUUUAUACCAAACAUAUUGCACAUGCAUGUGUUGUCCUCUGAUGACAUAUUGCACAUACAUAUGUUGUUCUCUGAUGACAUAUUGCACAUGCAUGUGUUGUCCUCUGGUGACAUAUUGCACAUGCAUGUGUUGUCCUCUGAUGACAUAUUGCACAUACAUAUGUUGUUCUCUGAUGACAUAUUGCACAUGUAUGUGUUGUCCUUUGAUGACAUAUUGCACAUACAUAUGUUGUUCUCUGAUGCACAUGUGUUUUUCACUGAUGACAUAUUGCACAUACAUGGGUUUUUCUCUGAUGAAAUCUUGCACAUGCAUGUGUUGUUGUCUUAUGACAAAGUUAAAGUGACCCCCAGGUGCUAGCCAUGACUUGUUGGUACAAAUUGUGAUCUGACACAUCUACAUGUAUAUACCAGUACACAUUCCAGAUAAACUGUUCUCAUGUACAUGGGAUUUAUGGGAAAACCUUUAUGCCAGAUAAACUGUUUGUGAUUGUGGGAAUUCCUUUACCCCAGAUAAACUGUUUGUGUCUGUGGGAAUUCCUUUACCCCAGAUAAACUGUUUGUGGGAAUUCCUUUACCCCAGACAAACUGUUUGUGAUUGUGGGAAAUCCUUUACCCCAGAUAAACUGUUUGUGAUUGUGGGAAAUCCUUUACCCCAGAUAAACUGUUUGUGAUUGUGGGAAUUCCUUUACCCCAGACAAACUGUUUGUGAUUGUGGGAAAUCCUUUACCCCAGAUAAACUGUUUGUGAUUGUGGGAAUUCCUUUACCUCAGAUAAACUGUUUGUGAUUGUGGGAAAUCCUUUACCCCAGAUAAACUGUUUGUGAUUGUGGGAAUUCCUUUACCCCAGAUAAACUGUUUGUGAUUGUGGGAAAUCCUUUACCACAGAUAAACUGUUUGUGAUUGUGGGAAUUCCUUUACCCCAGACAAACUGUUUGUGAUUGUGGGAAAUCCUUUACCCCAGAUAAACUGUUUUUGAUUGUGGGAAAUCUUUUACCCCAGAUAAACUGUUUGGGAUUGUGGGAAUUCCUUUACGCCAGAUAAACUAUUUGGGUUUGUGGGAAAUCUGUACCCAAGAUAAACUGUUUUAUGAUGUACAUAUGUUGGUGGGGAAACCCCCUACUAGUGGGGGGAAAACCCCCUAUGAUGUAAUACUAAUGAUACAAUGGUGCAAUAAUGACAAAUAUAAGAUUGUAGAUAUAAAAUAAUAGAUCAUGUGUAAAAGACAACUAUUAUAAUUUACAUAUCAUGUAAAAGACAACUAUUAUAAUUUACAUAUCAUGUAUGUAAAAAACAACUAUUAUAAUUUACUAUCAUGUAAAAGACAACUAUUAUAAUUUACAUAUCAAAUGUAUUUUGUAUUCAGACAUUAUAUUGUCAUCUUAAUGUAAAUAAACAAAUUAUAUUUUAGUUUUGAUAUUCCUAAAGAUCAAGUCAUGUAAUUUGUGAUGGGAUUUUAAUAUACUGAUCUGGAUUUUUGUGAUUGAAGCCUCACGAUCUGUAACUAUAUAUGUGAUUGAAGCCUCACGAUCUGUUAUUAUAUUUGAUUGAAGCCUCAUGGUCUGUUACUUUAUAUGUGAUUGAAGCCUCACGAUCUGUGACUACAUAUGUGAUUGACGCCUCUGUGACUACCAUAUAUAUGUGAUUGACGCCUCUGUGACUACCGUAUAUAUGUGAUUGACACCUCUGUGACUAUCGUAUAUAUGUGAUUGACUAUCGUAUAUAUGUGAUUGAUGCCUCUGUGACUACCGUAUAUAUGUGAUUGAAGCCUCACGAUCUGUGACUAUAUGUGAUUGAAGCCUCAGGGUCUGUGACUGUAUAUGUGAUUGAAGCCUCACGAUCUGUGACUAUAUGUGAUUGAAGCCUCAGGGUCUGUGACUGUAUAUGUGAUUGAAGCCUCAUGAUCUGUGACUAUAUGUGAUUGUCAACUAUGUUUUUGGGUGCUGAAUAGUGAUAUAUAUAUUUUUAAUAUAACCAGAUAAUUAUACAGCUGUAAUAAAAUAUUUU